AUUCGAACAACAUUCAUCAAGUGGAUGUUCGCCUUGGCAGUAGGAACGAAAUCAACGAGUGAAAAUUCUUCGUCAAUAUGAAUCGAACGAACAUUGGUUCGUUAAUAGUCAUUGCAUUGUUCGUACUCGCGCUACCGGAAGGAACUGAUACGGCGAAAAUUCUGUGUUUUUUUCCUACUGCCAGUAAGUCGCACGUUUUGGGCGCCCAGCAGCUGUUGAAAAAUUUGGCGCGUCGCAAUCAUGAGGUCACCAUGGUCAGCGCGUUUCCCCUGUCAAAACCAGUGCCAAAUUAUCGAGAUAUCUACAUACCGAUUGAGGAUUCCUUCAGUGCAAUGAUGGCUGACUUCAUGCAGGGCGGUAGUCGAAGUAUCGCGACAAUCAUGCCGAAAGUUCUGUCGGCAUCUUUGGACUAUACCAACUUUACACUAAACUCACCGGAAUUUCAGCAGCUGAUUGCAAAGGAGCGUUUCGAUGUGGCCAUUUUGGGCUAUUUUUUGAAUGAUUUCAUCUUUGGAUUGGGUGCCUUGCUCAAGUGUCCAACCGUAGUGUACUUCUCGGCCGGCAUGAGUCAAAUCAAUAACGUAGUUGGAAAUCCCCAGGAGAUCGCUUCCGUUUCGCAUAUCCUUUUGGGGAACAGAAAUCCGAUGACUUUUUUCGAUCGAGUAAAAAACACGUUGGUCAGUCUGGUGGAAGUCGGAGUACUGGGUUAUGUUCACAGCAAAACGAAACCUUACUACUACUACAAUUUCCCCUCGGAAAAGGGAUAUCCAUCGUACGAGGAGGCCAAACGGAGAAUUCCUUUGCAGAUGUUCAAUUGGUACUUCACCCAAACGGCACCGCGUCCUUUACUACCGAACACAGUGGAAGUUGGUGGACUACAGAUCAAAUCUCAACCGGAUCCACUGCCGACGGAUGUGCAGACAUGGCUGGACGGUGCCGACCAGUUCGGUGCCAUUUAUCUAAGUUUCGGUUCGAAUCUGAAAAGUUCCAACCUUCGACGUGACAAACUGGAAGCGAUCAUUCGAACCCUCGGCCGACUGAAGCAACGGGUACUGUGGAAGUGGGACACAGUGCACAUGCCCGGUAAACCGGCGAAUGUGAUGAUUGGCCAGUGGUUUCCCCAGGACGACAUCCUGGCCCAUCGGAAUGUGAAGCUGUUCAUCACGCACGGUGGUUUGGGUAGUAUCACCGAAGCGAUGUAUCACGGCGUUCCGAUAGUUGGGAUUCCCAUGUUCGGCGAUCAGGACCGAAACGUGGCCGAUGUGAUCGCUGAGGGUUGGGGUGUGUCGGUUUCGUUCGAGGAGUUAGGAGAGGCUAGCCUUACCGCUGCCAUCAAUCGGGUUCUGAGCAAUCCGGAAUAUGCCAACAAAAUUCGCGAUAUUUCCGCUCGCUUCAAGGAUCGACCUCAGAGUGCACUGGAACUGGCCACCUUCUGGGUGGAGUAUGUGCUGCGGCAUAAGGGAGCCGCACAUCUUCACUAUCAGGGGGCGGAUCUGAAUUUUCUGCAGAAAAACCUGCUCGAUGUGCUGGCGUUUUUGGGAGUGAUUUUGUAUGCAGUCUUCAAACUGAUAGGUUUUUUUCUGCGCGGCAUUUUAGUACUUAUAUGCGGUAAAAAGGAGCAGCCAAAGAGUAAAAAGGCGUAGAAGUAUUACUUAUAUUAGAUGUAAUAUAGUCGAAAUUUAAUUUUAGCUAGUCCAUUUUUCAAUUGAAUCUGUUCUCAAUUGAUAAGUCGAAGACGAUACGAUAAUAAAAUGAAAUUAUCACCUAGUAUUAA